GUUAUGGUUUUGUUGACUUUGACAGCCCGGCAGCUGCUCAGAAGGCGGUUUCUGCUUUAAAGGCUAGUGGAGUCCAAGCGCAGAUGGCAAAGCAACAAGAACAAGAUCCGACUAACUUAUACAUUUCCAAUUUGCCGCUUUCAAUGGAUGAGCAGGAGCUUGAGAACAUGCUUAAACCGUUUGGGGCGGUUAUCUCUACGAGGAUACUGCGGGACUCAAGUGGGACAAGCCGUGGUGUUGGCUUUGCAAGAAUGGAGUCAACAGAAAAAUGUGAAGCAGUGAUUGCUCAUUUUAAUGGAAAAUUCAUAAAGACACCAGCAGGAGUUUCUGUUCCUGCAGAACCUUUAUUGUGCAAGUUUGCCGAUGGAGGACAGAAAAAGAGACAGAAUCAGAACAAAUAUAUACAGAAUUGAAGAGCGUGGCACAGAGAAAGCGAGGCUGGAAUGACACUCACGUAUGAUCCAACCACAGCUGCUUUACAAAAUGGAUUUUAUCCAUCACCCUACAGUAUUACAGCAAACAGAAUGAUCACUCAGACAUCUAUUACGCCAUAUAUUGCUUCUCCGGUUUCCACAUACCAGGUUCAGAGUCCUUCUUGGAUGCAGCCUCAACCAUAUAUAAUGCAGCACCCAGGUGCUGUGCUGACUCCCUCCAUGGACCACACCAUGUCACUACAGCCUGCAUCGAUGAUAAGCCCUCUGACACAGCAGAUGAGUCAUCUUUCAUUAGGCAGUACUGGAACAUACAUGCCAGCCACAACAGCUAUGCAAGGAGCCUACAUACCCCAAUAUACACAUGUCCAGACAGCAGCGGUUCCUGUUGAGGAAGCCAGUGGUCAACAACAGGUUACAGUAGAGACGUCCAGUGACCAUUCUCCAUAUACAUAUCAGCAAAAUAAGUAACUGUGAGAUGUCCAGCGUUGACCUGGCCUGGAGAAGAGUGCAAAGGCUGAAACAAUCAUGGAUUUUACUGAUCAAUUGUGCUUUAGGAAUUAUUGACAGUUUUGCACAGGUUCUUGAAAAUGUUAUUUAUAAUGAAAUCAACUAAAACUAUUUUUGCUAUAAGUUCUAUAAGGUGCAUAAGAAAAACCUUAAAUUCAUCUAGUAGCUGUUCCCAUGAACAGGUUUAUUUUAGUAAAAAAAAAAUUUUUAUCAAGUGUUAUGACGCAAAAA